UCGUCGACGGGGCGGACGUCGCCCUCCGGCUGCGCUGCCUGUCCGCGCACGACGCGAUCUUCGACGCGACGGAGAACUUCCCCGAGACGCCGCGCUACCAGGCGAGCGUCUCGCAGCACGUGUUUCGCUUCUUCGACUCUGCGAUGCACUUCAGGCCCGCCGAGCUCAACGUGCUGCUGCGCGAGAUCCCCGCCAAGCCGUCCGCGCGCCGCCUCUUCUUCACGGUGGUGGUGGCGUGCCGCCGCCGGCUGCGCAAGUCGUGGCAGCAGACGCCGCUCGCGAAGCUCUUCACGCUCGAGGACGAGUGGUCGCUGCUCAAGCUUCGCGCGCAGGUGACGCGCACGCGCGAGGCGAUCCGCAAGCGCGGGCUGCUGCUGCACGACGCCUUCCUCAAGUUCGACUACAGCCGCACCGGCAUGCUCUCGCUGCCCGAGGUCUACGGCGCCUUCGAGUGGCUCCGCAUCCCGGUCACUCCCGAGGAGGUGCUCUUCUUCGUCCGCUCCGUCUCGGCCGACGACCACGUCUCCUACGCCGACUUCAUGGAGCUGCUCUGCCCGCCCGCCGAGGAGGAGGAGGGGUGGCAGGACCUCUUCGCGGCAGAGGCGGACGAGGGGGGCGACGAGGCGGCGGCCCCGCCCGGCGGCGGCGCGCCGGUGGCCGUGAAGCGGCAGCUGAGCCGCGUGACUCCGAAGGGCGGGGGCGAGCUCGUGCGGCUGGCGCAGCAGCGGGACCGCGAGGAGGCGGAGGUGGAGGCCGAAUUCAGGCGGCAGCUGCGCCUCAUCGAGGACGCACGCGCCGAGCGGGACAAGGAGAUGGUCGUCUCGUCCGACUUUUCGUGGCUGCGCAAGACGCGGCUCGAAGGCAAGCCCCCCUUCCUCGUCACGCGCCACGCGUGCUUCUACGACUGCACUCGAGGCCGCGAGGGGGAGGAGCGCGGGCUGCCGACCGGGCUCGAGAGCCGUGGCAAGGCGCGGUACGCGAGGCAGGGCGAGGCACGUCAAGGUGCUCGACGAGUUUCCAGAGCACGUCUACUCGACCGCAGGCUGGGACUCCUGGUCCAAGCUGCAGGAGGGCGACGCCGAGGCGCAGCUGUGCGUGCAGGCGGCGCACGACGGCGGAGGGCUGCUCUACGCGCACGACUGCUUUGGCGACGCGGCGGCGCCGCAGCUCCGGCUCGCCGAGUGGUCCUCCGUCUCCGCCUCGGUGGACCUCAACCAGGGCGUGAUGCACACCUACAUCGACGGGCAGCUCGCCGCGACGGUCAAGGGGGCGCAGCUGUCGCGCGACGGCCAGCACGCGUGCAAGCGCCGGCUAGCCCUCUUCUGGGACAAGGAGGCCGACUACAACCCCGGCGCAUUCGUGUACGUGCGCUCGGUCGCCGUGCACUCGCUCGCGCUUGACGCGGAGCAAGUGCGCAAGGAGCACGCGGUGCUGCACCAGCUGCUGGUUGAGGACGCCAUCGCCUCGACGCCCUCCUUCAUGCAGCAGCCGCUCACGGCGUCGCACGCCGAGGCGCCCUUCGCAAACACCAGGGCGGUGCGGCGCAAGCUGACGGCGCUCGUCCGGCGAGGCUUCGACCUCGGCACCGAGGCGUGGCGGCUGCUGCAAGCGCACGGCGAGGCGAGCCUCAAGUCCUUCCAGCAGCGGCUCGAGCCGUCCCAG